GUCUCUAUGACCCACCCUUCCUCUCAGCCACACCCAGCUCCAUAGUGGCCUCGGGACAGAACGUGAGCCUCCAGUGUGGAUCAGAGCUGUGGUACGACAUGUACACCCUGUAUAAAGAUGGAGAACAGCUGACCCAAGGCAAGGCGCAGCUCCAUGAAGGGAAAUCCCAAACCACCUUCCACUUCUCUCUUAUGACAUCUGCCUAUGGAGGGAUUUACCGAUGCUACACCUUUCUCAGGGACUCCCCCUAUGUGUGGUCAGCUCCCAGUGACCCCCUGGAACUAAAGGUCACAGGGAUAGUCCCUCCAAGCCCUAAAUCUGAGAACUGGCUGUUUGGUGAGUAACUAGAGGAUUACCAACAGAGAGAAGGGGGAGGCAGAGGCUGGAUGCCCAGUCAGGGUCUCCUCAUCCCUUCCAGGGUCUCCUCAUUUUCCACCACUCCUCCUGCAGCAGCACCUUGUUAUUGUCCUUUACCCAGGCUAUCCUCAUUGCCUGGCAUGUUCUCCCUCCCCACU